ACACACACUGUGUUGGCGCACAUAGAUGUAGCACCGCCGUAACGAGGACUCUGACAACACACGGAGGCUUUGGUGAACACACGAAGAUGUGACUGCGUUUAGGAAAACCUGAAGAUGGAGAAGGAGAGCAAAGUGUCACCUGCUGUCCAGGCUUCUGACUGUAAACACCAGAGGAGACAGAGGAAGGAUCCUGCUGAGCCCCACGCCGCCUCGCUCCUCAUGCUACCAAACCCAUAUGACCAGAUUUCAAGAGGGUCAGGUCUGGGUCCAAAGCCGGCUGCAAAAGGAGGAGACGUGCCGAGGAGCUACAGCAGCAGCCGGCCUGUCAGAGAGGCCGGAGAUGAUGUCCUACAGAGAGACAGGUCCACGCGAGAGCCACAGACUAAGACAUUGAAAAGCAGCAGUGACUUCCAAGGCAGAGCGAUGGGUCAGAACCCAGCGGACGCUCAGAGAAAAGGUUUUAGAGGGACCAGGUCUGCCCCAAACUCUGCAGGGAAGUCAAAGCCAGCACAGACAAACCUGGUCCCGUUUGAAGUGAAGAUGGCUGAUUUUCCGGAGCUCGCUGGUGUUUCGAGGAGCAAAGCAGCUCCUCCUCCUGGUGCUGCUGCUCACCAGAGAGCGUGCUGGGCUUCAAACCCUCCACCCACGAGCCCACAAGCUCCGAAACUGGCGUCUUCCUGGAAGUCCGGCAGGAGGGGAUCCCCACCACGAGCCGACCCCCGUCAAAGUGCCGCCGAUGCUACACCGGACGCCGCCGUCAUCCCAGAAGGUCAGCUGACGGUGACGUCCUGGGCGAACAUCGCCUCGCAGCCGCCAAAGAAACCCGUUCCAAAAGAGAGGACAGUCGGCAGCGACCACAUGCAGACGGAGGACGUGGCUGCGCAGCAGGAAGUUGGAGCCCCAGGGAAGAAGAAACGGAAGAAGAAGAAGAAGUCUAAAGGUACGAGUGAAGACACCGAAGCUGAGUCAGAAGAGCCGGCGUUUCCUCAGGAGCCUCCAAAGUUUGAGGAUGAAGAGGAGUUCCCGGGUCUGACUCUGGCUUGGACCGGGACCGACAGGUUAAGGACCAGCAGCAAUGCAAAGCUAUGCAAUGAGGAAAACCAAAGAGAAGGAGGUCAGCAUCAGCCUGCAGUCCAGAGCAAGGAGAAAGCAGCAGCAGCUAAAAGUCAGUCCACAGACGCUGCUAAGAAAGGACAGAAAGCUGAGAAGGUCUCCGGGAAGAAGAGCAAGGUUCCUGUGCAGCUGGACAUCGGAAACAUGUUGGCUGCCCUGGAAAAGAAGCAACAAUCUCAGAAAACCAAGCAGGACCUGAAGCCGGUCAUUCUCUCAGUUGGUGGAGGUCUACCUGUUGUCCAGAAGCAGCCUCCGGCCCAGAGGAAGCUGCCCUGGCAGCAGGAUAAAAUUGCACACAAUCCCCUGGACUCCACCAGCCCUCUGGUAAAGAAAGGCAAGCAGAGAGAGGUGCCCAAAGCCAAGAAACCCACUCCUCUCAAGAAGGUCAUUUUGAAAGAAAGAGAGGAGAGGAAACAGAGGCGUUUGCUGGAGGAGAGAGGACUGCUGCCUGAAGACGAUGCCAAACUCUCCAACGAUGCCACAGAGGAAGAGCAGUGUGACGCGAAUGCCACAGAUGAUGCUGGCAGUCCCACGGAGGGGUUGGAUGAUCAGCUGGAGUUAAAUAUCACCAACCAGAUGGCAGAGGAGGGAGAUGAAGAGACGGACAAGGAUGAGACUGUGGAGCAUCAAACCGCCUCACCUGAGAACUGCCCAGCGAACGCACCCAAGAUCCACAGCAGGAAGUUCAGAGACUACUGCAGCCAGAUGCUGAGCAAAGACGUGGACGAGUGCGUGACGUCCCUGCUGAAGGAGCUGGUUCGGUUCCAGGACCGCCUGUACCAGAAGGACCCCAUGAAGGCCCGCAUGAAGAGACGCAUCGUGAUGGGCCUCCGCGAGGUCCUCAAGCACCUCAAGCUCAGGAAGGUCAAGUGCGUCAUCAUCUCACCCAACUGUGAACGCAUCCAGUCCAAAGGCGGCCUGGAUGAGGCUCUCCACACCAUCAUCAACACGUGUCGGGAGCAGGGCGUGCCGUUCGUGUUCGCGCUCUCCAGGAAGGCUUUGGGUCGCUGCGUCAACAAGGCCGUGCCCGUCAGCCUGGUGGGCAUCUUCAACUACGACGGGGCGCAGAACCACUACCACAAGAUGAUCGAGCUGUCGUCUGAGGCCAGGAGGGCCUACGAGGUGAUGGUGUCCAGCCUGGAGCAGACAGACCCGGCAGAGGCAGAGCUGGAGGCCCACAACGAGGAGCUGCAGAUCAGCAGCCUGGCUGAGGAACCAGAGGCUGGUACCGACACCGCAGAGCCACCAGAGGAACCAGAAUACAUUAAAAUCUGGAAGAAGAUGCUGGAAAAGGAAUGCAACCACUCGUUCCUGAACUUCGAGGAGCAGCUGAGCUCCAUGCACUUGGACAGCGAAUGUAUUGAAAACAGUGACGAGGAUGAGAAGAGUUGACGGCAGUGAAGCGUUCUGUGCCUAAAAAACAAGAAGCUCAGAGGAAACUAGGACGGACUGGAGCCCACGGGAGGUUGCUCUGCUGCUAGCGGCUCUCCAACCGGGAGCCACCACCACCAGGAAUGUGUCAGAUAGUUAAUCAUGUCGCUCGUACUCCCAAUGAAUCAUGGAUUUGUUAAGUACGGACUGAACCGGUCACUUGAAAGAAUCCCACAAUAUGAAUUUUUACCGAUGUUGUCUGUGAUCCUGCCUGGAAGACGACCUCCACCAGUCAUACAGCACUGAGAGGGAAUCAGUGGGGAUGUGACACUGAGCCGUUCUGAUAUUAUUUCUUAUUAGCUUCAGUUUAAAAUAUUUUCCUGCUGUUAUUUUAUGAUGCGGGGAUGGCAGAGACGAGGCGUGGGAGGGUGUGUGACGAAAACAUGAACGUCCAGCUGUAGGUGUACAAAAGGUUUGUUGUUGUAGAAGAAAAUGAGAAAGUCCAGCGCUCAGAGCGGCCAUAAUGUGCACUGAUGGUACACAUGCAUCACUGUUCUGGCUGUAAAGCUGGAGCUCAGCAUCCUCUUUAAAGCCUGGUGAUGUGCCUCCGAAUCAAAACCACAGUAAAUGUUUUUGUUGCUUCGUAGACAAGAAAUGAGUCUAUUCAUAGGUUAUAUUCAGUCAUUUUCUGAUCUCGACACACUACGUCCUGCUCAGCAUUUCACACCUCGUUCUCACUAAGAUAUUCCCAAAAGCCGAUUUCUUUCUCUCACUGUGUAACCUCAGGGUUACGUCGACACAGUUCUUUUCCUACAACAAUCAAUCUUUUGUACACA